UAUUGUAGGACACAUCCCCUGAGUGUUUGUGUUAAAAUGUUGAAAUUGUUAAUCAUAUUGAGCACUCUGCUAUUCGAUUGCUGUCAUGUUACUAACGCCACUCUCCAAGAAUUACAGCAAACACAGCUGCCAUCCCUGACCGAGCGGAUGAACCAAAUGAUCAGUUCCCUGUACAAUCCAGCUUCGAAAUCGCAGCUGUCAACUACGUCAUCAGUAUCAACAGACUCCCCGUCUACAUCUACGAAUGAAUCACCCACAUACUCUUACCCAGCGGGCUCCCCACAGCUAGUUUUUUUCACACCACCAGCUCCAGUAUUCCCACCUUCAACUCCAUUGUAUUUAGAUCCCGGAAUGCAACCAGUUGAUUACGGAUUUCCUGGAGUCUCCAAUGCAUAUCCAAGAUCGGUGUUUCCAGUACCAUACGGCUAUGACUUAGGCUAUCACCCCGUUUACCCUCCUUACCCUUAUCCUCCACCUUAUCCGUACCCCCCAGUACCAAAGCCUAAUGAUUUUUAUCCGUAUCCGGAUUAUUCGCAACCGCAGCAUCGUCCGAAUCCACCACCAACACCCCUACCAUCACCUCCACCUCCUUACCUUGGUCCAUACUCCAAUAUUCCAACUUACCCACCACAUUAUCAUCCUAUCCCACCUUCGUAUCCAGCUAAUUUUACUCCUUAUCCUCCAAAUCCUUACCCGAAACCUCAUGACCUAACUCCAUCAACAUCUUAUCCUUAAUUUAUUAAUCUUAAUUAUUGUAGAUUUAAAUAAUUUAUUUUAAUGUAAAUCACAUUUAUAGUACAGUUUUGAAAAUAA